AUGAGUGCUACCGAGACCGUGACGCGGAUCACCGCAGAGAACGUGGCGACGAUUUUCCCCGACGUGGACACUUCGCUCGCUCAUGAAGUUUUCCCGACUGCUUCGACGACGGCUGCGCGCGAGGGCAAUGAACUCGAGGGGUAUGAUGAGGAGCAGGUGCGGUUGAUGGAUGAGGUGUGUAUCGUUUUGGACGAUGAUGAUAAGCCCAUUGGGAGUGCCAGCAAGAAGACUUGCCACAUAAUGGAAAACAUCAACCGCGGCCUCCUCCACCGCGCCUUCUCCGUCUUCCUCUUCGAUUCUAACAAGCGUCUCCUCCUGCAACAGCGCGCCGCCGAGAAAAUCACCUUCCCCAACAUGUGGACAAACACCUGCUGCUCGCAUCCGCUGGGCAUUCCCGGGGAGACAGGCGCGGAGCUGGACGCGGCUAUUCUGGGCGUGAAGCGCGCGGCGCAGCGCAAGUUGGAGCAGGAGUUGGGGAUUCCGCCGGAGCAGGUGCCGUUGGAGAAGUUUGAGUUUUUUACGAGGAUUCAUUAUAAGGCGCCGAGUGAUGGGAAGUGGGGGGAGCAUGAGAUCGACUAUAUUCUCUUUAUCCAGGCCGAUGUCGAUCUGAAUGUCAACCCCAAUGAAGUGCGCGAUGCGAAAUACGUUUCCGAGGAGGAAUUGAAGCAGAUGUUCCAGGAGCCCGGGCUCAUCUUCACGCCGUGGUUCAAGCUCAUCUGCGACACGAUGUUGUUCGAGUGGUGGAGCCAACUCGGUUCGCCUUCGCUGGACAAGUACAAGGGGGAGACGGGCAUUCGACGGAUGUAA